UCCUUGAGGGCGGGGACCCCAGGGCUUGCGUGGCGCCCGGCAGAGCGGUGCGGGGGAGCUCCGAGCCCACGGGGAUUACAGGCUGGUUCCCCUCCCCCCUCCCGCGUGAUUUAGCAUCUCCCCUCCCCCAGCCCCGCCCGCACCGGGGGCUCGUGCUGAAAGGGUGAAGGAGGGGGGGAGGGAAGCAAGGCUGGGCAGAUGGCGGCCAGGUGCUCCAGCUGCUUCGCUUAGGGGCCGAUCUCCCACGACACGGAUCAGCUCCUUCCGGGACAUCUCCCCAGCCACACCCCCACGCCAGCAUCCCCGAUGGCGGACCCGGGCUCCGGAGGUAACCGCCUCCCCCUGGCCCUGCCUCCGGCCCCUGAGCAGGCCAGCACGUCGGCUUCCAUAGGGAAUCCCGGGCACCCCCACAGCCUCCAAGGCCUCCUGCACAUGGCAGUGACAGCUUGCCCCGCCGACCCCGAGCCCCCGCCCGAGCCCAUGACGGAGGAGCGGCGUCAGUGGCUGCAGGAGGCCAUGUCGGCAGCGUUCCGCGGCCCCCGGGAAGAGGUGGAACAGAUGAAAAGCUGUCUUCAUGCUCUGGGGCUCCCGACGCCCUCGGCCGCGGGGGAGGCCGAGCUGAUGGCUGACCAGCAGGAGCGCGAGGGGGCUCUGGAGCUGCUGGCGGACCUGUGCGAGAACAUGGACAACGCUGCAGACUUCUGCCAGCUGUCUGGGAUGCACCUGCUAGUGGGCCGCUACCUGGAGGCAGGGGCAGAAGGCCUUCGGUGGAGGGCGGCCCACCUCAUUGGCACGUGCAGCCAGAACGUGGCUGCCAUCCAGGAACAGGUGCUGGGCCUGGGUGCCCUACGGAAGCUCCUGCGCCUGCUCGACCGGGACCCCUGCGACACGGUGCGAGUGAAGGCCCUCUACGCCAUUUCCUGCCUGGUCCGGGAGCAGGAGGCCGGCCUGCUCCAGUUCCUUCGCCUGGACGGCUUUUCGGUGCUCAUGCGGGCCAUGCAGAGGGAUGUGGUGAAGCUGAAGGUGAAGUCGGCCUUCCUCCUGCAGAACCUGCUGGUGGGCCAUCCUGAGCACAAAGGCACCCUGUGCUCCAUGGGGAUGGUCCAGCAGUUGGUGGCUCUGAUUCGCACAGAGCACAGCCCCUUCCACGAGCACGUGCUGGGGGCGCUUUGUGGGCUGGUGACAGAUUUUCCCCAAGGGAUCCGGGAAUGUCGGGAGCCUGAACUGGGGCUCGAGGAGCUUCUGCGCCAUCGGUGUCAGCUGCUGCAGCAGCAUGAGGAGUACCAGGAGGAGCUGGAAUUCUGUGAAAAGCUGCUCCAGGUCUGCUUCUCGUCCCCCACGGACGACAGCAUGGACCGCUGAACGCCGGGGAGGGACCCCCAGCGCUGGAGCCCCGGCCCGGCCGCCACUCCUCUCCCGCAGCCUGCCGGCCGAGCCCGCGGCGGGGGCCGAGGC